CUCUAGGCAGGGCAGGUACAUCCAUAGAAAGCUACAAUGGUCCUACUAGGUCCUGCAUAUUUCAGACACUUUCAAAGUUUCUUCCUUCCAGAAACAUUGAAUAUACGAAUAUAUCUAUAUCUGCAAAUAGUUACAGCGAAACAAUAUUCCAAUGGCUACCGAUCCCAAGGUUGGUGACCGGGUAUCCUAUGAUGGAGCUGUCUGCACAAUCCGAUAUAUUGGCCAGAUUAGCGGUACAACAGGAAGCUGGCUUGGCGUCGAAUGGGAUGAUCCAGCUCGAGGAAAACAUGAUGGUUCCCAUAAAGGAGUGCGAUACUUUACCUGUCGAUCCAAGUCACCCACCGCCGCCUCUUUUGUGAGACCCACGAGACCCGCGGAGAAACCGCAGAGUUUCGUAGCGGCAGUUACUGAGAAGUACGCCGCCGAUUUGGCCAAAACAGCUGUGAUCAAAUUUUCAAAUAAAGUAGCAGAAGAAGUCGGGUUCGACAAAAUCCAUCGCCAGCAAGCACAGCUAUCAGAGUUAAAAAUCGUCAUCGUGGAUAGUUCGCGCAUCGUAUCAGCAUGUGCUGAAGGCGAUGAGCCCAUCAGUCAGACAUGUCCAAAGAUAAUCGAACUAGAUCUCAGCCGCAAUCUCUUCCGAGAGGCCGGUACGGUCGUGGACAUUUGCUCAGAGUUAUCUACGUUACGAAGCCUACGUUUGAAUGGUAAUCGAUUUGAAGACAUAUCAAAUGAUAAAGGCCUCAUUAAUUCAAAAGACUCUUUAAAGGAUAUCAAAGAUCUUGCCCUCGAGGAAACUUUCCUGAGCUGGGAGGAGAUGUGCUAUUUUGCAACCAAAUUCGAAACACUGUCGACACUUUCAGCCAGCGCCAAUCAAUUCUCCUUUUUGCCAGAAACUCCUUUCUCGACCCUAGCAUCUACCUUGGUAUCUUUGAAUUUGGAGUUCAAUAACUUUACUAGUAUCUCUGAUCUUGCUAACCUUGCUGGCUUGACAUCUCUCCGUAAUCUACACCUCAAAUGCAAUGCCAUCUCUGCCAUCACCAAUGGUACAUCCGAUGAUCUGCCAGUAUUAUCAACAAGUAUUAAAUAUCUGGAUUUAUCAUACAACCAUGUAUCAUCAUGGGCGUUUGUCGACGCAUUACCCACUUGCUUUCCAGGCCUAAUAUCUCUUCGUUUUUCUCACAACCCCAUAUACAACAACCCAGACCCCGAAUUCUCCGCUCAAUCUAAAUCAGUCACCGAAGAAGCAUACAUGUUCACGGUCGGCCGCCUGGCAAACCUCAAAACUCUCAACUUCGGUUCCAUUUCCCACUCCGAUCGUCAGGAUGCGGAAAUGUUUUACCUAGCCCGUAUUGGCAAGCACCUGGCCACAGUCCCGGAGAGCCAGGAGGCAGAAGUCAUUGCCAAGCACAAGCGAUAUGCCGAGUUAUGCGAUCUCUACGGACCGCCUGUUGUUAACAGAAGAAAAGAAAUCAAUCCCGCUUUUCUGGAAGCGAGGUUAGUACAUGUACAAUUCACCUUUCACUCCGCCGGUAAAGUCGUGGAGAGGAUAACCAGAAUCCCGAAGAGCUUUGACAUCUACACGGUGAAGGGGAUUGCAGGCAACCUGUUUGGGUCUAAGCCGCUUGGCCUGCGUUUGAUAUGGGAAACAGGGGAAUGGGACCCCGUUGCAGGGUUCGAUGACGAAGUUGGAGAUAGCAGCGACGAAGAAAUGGAAGAGGAAGAGGAAGAGGCAGGCAAAAAAGGUGAAGUGGGUGAUGCUGAUGACCUGGGCCAGAGCUCCCAACCAGAGGCCAGGACAGGCAAGUGGGUCAAGCGGGAGGUAGAGUUGCCAGACGGGCCGCGGCAGCUUGGGUUCUGCGUUGAUGGCUUGGAAGCAAAGAUUAGGGUCGAAAUACGGUGAUGAUGUAUACACCCGGGCGUCCUGGCUUUCGGCAGUUUGUAGAAAACAUGCUGGCUGAAACAUCGACACAAGACAAAGUGCAGCAUUCUUAAAUCUGAUCAGAAGAUGACAUAUAUGUACUUAUCUAUCUUUGUACAUAUAUGUAGGUAUCUAUGUAAGUUUCAAGAGCUCCUAGCAUAAAGGGACGAUAAACCUUAGAGUUCCUUAUAGAUUCUAGCUGUUCAAUCCGGAAUACCUACCUAUGUAUGCACCAAACAUAUAUCUGCGGAUU